CAAGAGAGAUGGAGCGUUCGCGCGAAACAGGAAAACAGAAACCACGGAGAGGCAGGAAAAAUAGAGCGGCCAUCAAAGGAGGAAAGUUAAAAGAGCACCAGACCACAAAAACAAUGAUGUCAUCAAUAAUGAAAGACGUGCCAGUUGCGCUGCAAUAUCAAGAGCGGAAGCAUGGAAAAAAGAUUUCGACAGAAAACCACACUGAAGAAGACUUUUCAAGCAGCAAACCUGCACAACAAUCAUCACCUUCAGCACUCCUUACGUUGAACAAAAAAGACCAAAUAAAGACACCUGUUACAAGCACCAUCAAAGCAAGGAAGACCUCCCAGCAUACAGUUGCUGUUGAAAACUCCUCUGCCAAAAGUCUGAAAGUACGCAAUGAGCAACAUCAGCGUAGUGAUUCAGAAGAACAAUGUUUUCCUGAGACCAGCUUGAACACUGAAGCUUCAUCUGCAGCAGAUGACAGAACACAAAGGAACAUAAGAGGCGUGCCGGUUACACCACAAAAAAGGAAAAGGCGUGCCAAAGAUGCAUCUAAACAUGAGAAAAAGACCUCCAAAGAUGUGAACACUUGCAUUGAUGACGGUUCAUCGAUCUACUUGCCUCCACAACCAUCCUCGCCACCUUCACUGCUCCUCACGUCAAACGAAAAAGACCAAACAAAGAAGCCUGUUCAUAGCAUCAUUGAAGGACUGCGGAUCCCUGAACAUAAAGUCGAAGUUGAAUUGAAAGAGUGCAAUGAGCAACAUCAGCAUGGUGAUUCAGAGGAACAGUGUUGUUCUGAGAUCAGAUUGAACACUGAGCCAUCAUCUGUGGCAGAUGAAAUAGCACAAAGGAACUUAAAAGAUGUUCAAAAUCAGCAGAUUACUCCUCUCUCUGGUGAAGAGGAUCCAUAUUCCUCAUCUCUUCAGACCUCUGAGUCACCAUCGAAGAGGCACAGUGAAAAGAGGCCAUUAUGUAGUGAGCUGCCUGAUCAACAAACAUUCACUCAGAGCAAUGGCAAAAGGCAAAAAAUAAGUGACAACAGACCUCUCCAAAAUGUUGUAGCUGAGGCUGACUUAUGUUCAGAGUCUAAUCUUGAAGGGAAUGAAGAUGAUCGACAGUUGCGUCUGAAAUUCAUGUCUGAGGACAUGAAAGAGAAGAGGUUUUUGUUGUGUGAUUCUCCUGAUAAAUUUGAUCAAAGACCUGAAGAUCAAAAAUCCACAGCAAAAACUACAACAUUGGGACACAUGGUGGACCAACCAUUUGUAGUGCAUACUUCCUGGGAGGGGCAUGCUGCUGAAGAAAUUAAAAACAUUGCAGAUGCAAGCACAAAAGACUUAAACAAAGACAACAUAUGUAGAACGGCACUUAAAGUAACAGAUUAUUUAAGCUAUGUCAAAAUCAUUUAUGUUCUUCUUGAAUGGCAUAAACAAAACAAGCAAAAUAGACAGGAUAUCAGAAUUAGAGUUGGCAUAUUCACUGUAUUGAUGCGGUCAAGUGAUCUAUACUGUUGUCCAAUCAAACAAGAUGAGAAAGAGAUUCGUUUUCAUGACAAAAAUCUAUCUUAUGCCACGCUGAAAACCUCAAAAGAGUUUAGUAAAAAAUACUCUCAGACAAUUUGGAACUUUAUAAUGGGUUACCAUGACAAAGUUUCUUCUUCUGUAAAGACCCCUCAAGAUGCCAUUGCAGUAUGUGCCAUUUUAUUCUCAGAAGUUAUUAGGUAUCCUGACAUGUUCUUCCACAACAUUCUCCUCAUGCAGUUUUUUAAAUCGUGGACUGAGUUUUGUGACCAUCAUCCAAUGAUAACAGGAGGAUCAUGGAAAUGUCAGGGAGAAAAUAAAAAUACAUCUAAAAAAGAAAAUCUUCAACCGAGAAACAGUGUCCCAGACAAAGUUAAAAAGAGAAAACAAAAAAAUAUUGUAUUUUGUGCUAAGAAAAUAAUGAGAGAUGAGGACAAAAUGAAUACUCUAUUCCAAAUAGAGGUCUUAGAUUCUCAGGUUGAAGAAGCUGAUGAUACAGCCUCCUUUGAGACUUUGGGGUAUGGGUGCUGAGUUUCAGAGGUCAUCACAUUUUUAAGUGUGUUUUUAUUAUGUAUGUAUAUUGCACAUGUUUUCCUGUACUAAACAUGAUUUAUUGAC